CAACCUCAGUACCAGAGAGACAGAAAGAGAAAGAGAGAGAGAGAGAGAGAGAAAAAAGAGAGUCCGUUAAUUUUUUCAGUUAAAAAAAAAAGAGAAGAAGAAUUAGCAAUGGUUACAGAGGAAGAAAUAUCUGAAGCGAUACAUUCGUUGUUCAGAGAAUCAAACCCUAGAACUAGAACCUUCACUACAUUGAACCAAGUUGUUCAAGAGCUUCAAUCAAAACUUGGUCAUGAUCUUACCCAUAAACUCGAUUUCAUCACAUCUCAGAUCAAUCUCCUUUUUGCUUCUCAACAACCACCUCCGCAACUUCCACAUAGGCAGUUACAACCACCACAACAACAGCAACAACAACCACCACCUCAACAACUACUUUUUCCUCCUAAGGACCAUUUUGCCCUUCACCAAAACCCUAAUUCCCACUCUGUCCCUGUUACUUCUGCUUCUUUUCACACCCUCCCUACUAACUCUGUUGCUCUUGAUGCUCCUGUUACUCAACCUCCUCCUCUUUCAGCCAAUGAGGUUACCAAAGAAAGUGUUCAACCUAAGGCAAAGAGAAGAGGUGGCCCUGGAGGUCUCAACAAACUUUGCGGUGUUUCGCCUGAACUUCAGGUCAUUGUUGGCCAGCCAGCAUUGCCAAGGACUGAGAUUGUGAAGCAACUAUGGGCGUACAUAAAGAAAAAUAAUCUCCAAGAUCCUAGCAACAAAAGGAAGAUAAUUUGCAAUGAUGAACUGCGUGUGGUGUUUGAGACGGACUGUACUGAUAUGUUCAAGAUGAAUAAGUUGCUGGCUAAACACAUAAUCGCCCUUGAACCAACCAAACAGCCUGCCCCAAAGAAACAGAAGGUAGAUGUGGAGUUGGGAACAAGAAGCGCCGAACCUACUCCUUCUGUUAUAAUAUCUGAUUCACUUGCUAACUUUUUUGGCAUUUCCGGAAGGGAGAUGCUACAGACAGAGGUUCUGAGACGUAUUUGGGAGUACAUAAAGGUCAACCAUCUAGAGGAUCCUGUGAAUCCUAUGGCAAUAAUGUGUGAUGCUAAGCUUCAAGAGAUCUUCGGCUGUGAAAGCAUUUCAGCAUUGGGGAUUCCUGAAGUUUUGGGCCGUCAUCAUAUUUUUAGGAGAUCAUGAUGCUGACAGCAUUCUAUUCUAUGUGACAGAUUGCGCGGUGUUAAUUCCAGUACAGUAUGAGCUGAUCUUGACUGCAUGUUGAUAUGGUUUCUGUAACUUGACUGAUUAGACUUGUUUUCAUGUUGAUAACUGAUGACUUAUAUUAGUAGAAGGAAGAUGUUAUAGGGACAAAAAACUUUAAUUUUGGGAGUGGCAGUGUGUUAUUUAGGUCUCGUGGUUGUGGUUUGUCUAACUUGGCACUUAGGUUAGAGUGACCUGUUGGUAUUCUGAAAUAUGUAUAAUGCUUUGACAAUAGGAAAGAAAAUGAUGUAUCCUUUAAUCAUGACUCAUGCUAUUCAUAUGUAGUUAAUGAAAAUGAAGCUUGCUAGAUGUACAUA